AUGAGUUAGAAUAUCGAUUAAUUUUUGAAAUAUUUCAUAUUUGAAGGAACUCAAAGUCUAACUAAAAUUCUAAAUUUAAAAUAACUCCAGUUCGCAAGUCCAAGACUCAUAAAAAGAUAACAAUCAAAUCCUUACGAAUUGAAUGAAUUAAAUAAGAAAUCCAAAUUAAUAUCAGAAAAGGUAUUAUUGAAUUAUUAUAGAAGGCCUUUGAUAUAGUUUCUGAAUUUUAUAUCUUAUUAAAACAAUGUAAGUUUGAAAAUGUGAGUACCAAAAUAAUAUUUAAUUAUAUGUUAAGUUUGUAGCUAAAAAGAAAUUACAUAGAUUGUCUUUAAUUAAAUACAACUGAUAAAAAUUAUGUUAUUUGCGUAGAUAUUAUUCAAGAAUAUAAAGAAUAAAUUAUUAGAUAGAUGUAUAGUUUUGUUAAUUGGGUUGUUCUUUAUUAAAAAGGAUAAACUACAUAUGGUGAAUUUAAAACAGAAUAUGAAGAUUAUGCUCACAUUCAAAUAUUUGAAAAUCAAAAUAAACUAAUCUUAGUUAUUGGAUACAACAAGAUAGAGAGUGAAUUAUUCUUAUCAAUAAAUUUAGUAAGAAAUUAAAAUUAUAUGAGAAAUAAUUUAUCAUUAUUAAAUAUUCCUGAAUAUAGGUAAGAUACAUUUUGUUCUAUUUUAUAUCAUUUUAUUUCAAUAAUAAGAAAGAUGUUAAGAUUUUCUGAUACAAAAAGAUAUGAUUCUGAAUUAAGAUAAUUAAUUUCAGCUAAUGCUUCAAUGUUGAUAGAACAUCCUGAAAAAUAAAAACAUAUUCCAUUUUUAGGAUCAUUUAAUCAUUGUGAUUUUGUACUUUUUGAUUUUAAGAUAUCAAAUUAAUAAGAAUUUGAUAAAAGAUUAAAAAAUUUUUAAUAUUAAAAAGAAUUGAUAAUGUCUAUAAUAGGGAAUUUGAAGACACUAUAUGUUAGAUCAUAAGAUGAUAUGUCAUAUUGUUUCGUACUUUCUGGAUAAUAUCUAUUAGUUACAUUUUAAUAUAAAAUUGAUGGAGCUAUUUUAUUAAAAGAAGUUGAAUAGAGAAAUAUAUUAAUAAGAGAAUGUUAUGAAUUUGUGGAAAAAGAUUUUGAAUAUGGAAUAAAGAAAAUAAUAAUUACAAACUAAGAAAAAAAUUAAAAAAAGGAAGAGAAUUAAAAAUCUUAGAGAAAUUAGAAGAUAGCUGAUUUAAUAACAACAUCUGUUAAUACUGCAUUUUCAUGGUAUGAUUAUGCAAAAUCAGUUAAUUUGAUUAAUAAAUAAUAACAAUAUGCAAAUAAAUCGCUAACUCCAAGAAGAUAAUGA